ACUAAGCGAGGUCGGGACGACGAAUUCAGGUUCCUGGCAGGGCCCGGCAGACAGAAGUGAUGUCAAUUUUGGACCGGGCGAGACCGAGCACAAACAUCCGACCCGAGCCCAGUUCAGUUCUUCGCCGGGAGCGGGGCCGUCGCAAACAACACAUUACGUCCCGAGCCAUGAGUGACGGCAAAGCUGAAGAAAAAGAGAAAUAAGAGACAUCAUGACGCUCCGACAAACCGCCUUGCGACGAAUCACCGUGGCUCCCGUGGCUGCCGCGCCAUUGCGAGUACAUGUUCCCCGCCGGUCACUUUUCUCUGGGAAGGACACGAGGAGGAGGUCCGGCCGGGCUGUUGAGAACCUCGAUAUCAGGCGCAUCUCGGCACAGUCGGAUGAGUGGCACCGCAACCGGCGCACCUUUCUCUGGUGCGGCGCCAUCGCUGGUGUUCUGUCCUUCAUCUACACUGCCUGGAAACUCAAAGUCGAGCUAUCGAAGCCCGUGAAGCUCGACGCCAACCUUCCCUCCUCGGACCCACUCUCAUCACCCAACGCAGCGGACCGUAAAGUAGUCGUCCACGAUGAGGAGGGCCGCGAGAUCGUAGCAACUGGCAACAGCACCGUCCCAACUUUUCCCCGCACUCUCGCCCUCCCGGCCUUCACGGCGCCGAUCACCACCCCCUCCCCAGAUCAAACCGACAGGCUCACGCACACCAUCACCACCCCCUCCGGCACCACCGAGUACACGCUAGUCGGGCUCGGCCUGCGCACGGUGACCUUCAUCAACCUGCAAGUAUACGUGGUGGGCUACUACGUAGCAACAGCCGACAUCGCGGCGCUGCAGAGCGCGCUCACCAAAAAGGUCAACCCGAUCGCGACGACGCUGGUGGCGGGCGAGCGCGAGGAGCUGCGCGCGGCGCUGCUAGACCCGGCCGAGGGCGAGCGCACGUGGGACGAGCUGCUGUCCGCGGGCGUGCCCGCGCGCUCCGCCUUCCGCGUCGUGCCCGUGCGCGACACCGACUUCCACCACCUCCGCGACGGCUUCGUGCGCGCCGUGCAGGCGCGCGCCUCGCCCGCGGCGGCGGCCGACGACUCGUUCGGCGAGGCCAUGCGCCAGUUCCGCGCCGUCUUCAACCGCGGCAGCGUGCCCAAGCGCAAGGAGCUCCUGCUCGUGCGGGAUGAGACGGGGAGGAUGAGCAUCGCGUACGAUGGCGGUGCCAACAAAAAAGAGGGGCGGCCGGCGGGGCGGCAGCUGAUCGGGGUGGUUGAGGACGAGCGCGUGUCGAGGGCGCUGUGGCUGAACUACCUGGCGGGGAAGAAGGUCGCCAGCGAGCCCGCGAGGAAGAGUAUUGUGGAGGGGCUCAUGGAGUUUGUGGAGCGGCCCAUCGGCACCGUUGCAGCGCAGGUUGUGCCUGUUGUGAGCGCGAGGGUGUAGCGGGAGACCUUAAAGCCGUGUGUCCUAGUUUUGUACGAAUAGAAAUACCACCAGAGCAGCGAGAG